CUCAAGUCUGCUAUUACAAUAGUGUCAGAAUGGUCUAUCAUUGAUUUCAAAAUUGUUGAUUUUGACAAGUUUGGUAAUCUACUAUUAUAAUGGUGUCAUUAUGACUUUCCAAUGGUCAACCACUGACAUUCCAUUGAAAGAAAUGGCUUAGAAUGGUAAUCUCGUACAUAAUGACAAAUGAAUGACUGACGUAUGGGGUAAUCUGCUAAAAUUUUGACAGUUCCUUUGAUCAUUGACCUACCAUUGGAUCGUCAUUGUGCAGUCAUUGCUUAUAAUAGCUCGGUUGUCGAAAAGAGUUUGUUAUCUAUCGUGUUUGUAUUGUACUUUGUGAAAUAUUGAGUGGAGAAAUGUAUUCACUACGAGCAAAUAUUCUCGAGCUAGCCGCAGUGGAUGCUAGAGAAAGAAGACGGGCGGAAUGCAAAAGACGUCGUCGAGCCCGUCGCUUGACGAGAAUUAGUACAAACCCCUUUAUUGAUAUUUCCGAGGCGGAAUUUGUAAAAACGUUUCGCCUUGGAAAGGACUCAGUAAGGGGGUUAAUUGAAGAACUCAUUCCCCUUAUGGCCAGACCGCGUCGAAACGAUAGCAUAUCGGCAGAAAUGAAGAUUCUAAUAGCACUUGCAUUUUAUGCAUCAGGGUCCUAUCAAACUUUGAUUGGACAGAGUGCCCUCCAUAAUGUUGCACAAAUUACUGUGUCAAGAUCAAUUAAUGAAGUGACAAAGGCACUCAAUAAAAUAUACCACAAAUAUAUUAAAUGGCCUACACAAUGUGAUGAAAGGAAUAUUAUAAAGGCCAAGUUCUAUCAGAAAUUUAAAUUUCCUGGCGUCCUGGGUUGUAUUGACGGCACACAUGUAGCAAUAUUAAGACCACACAUACAUGAGGAGCGAUAUUAUAACAGAAAGGGCUUCCAUUCUCUUAAUGUUAUGAUUAUUUGCGAUGCUGAUUUAAAUAUUUUAUGUGUGGACGCAAGCAGCCCAGGCUCUGCACAUGAUUCCACUGUAUGGCAGAAUCAUCCACUCAGUCACCACUUAAAGGAAAUUACAGAAAAUACUAAUGAACAAGUAUUUUUAUUAGGUGACAGUGGGUAUCCACUAAGGAAAACAAUGAUGACUCCAAUCCUUAAUACUAUAGAUGGGACACCACAACACCAUUAUUAUGUGAAACAUGUGACUGCACGUAAUACAGUGGAGCGUUGCAUAGGUGUAUUAAAAGCACGUUUCAGGUGUUUGCUUGUAGCACGUACUUUACAUUAUAGCCCAACAACUGCAGGCAAGAUUGUGAAUGCAUGUUGCAUAUUGCACAAUAUUGCAAACAUGGCAAGAGCACCGUUGCCACCUGAUGAAGUUUAUGCAGAAGCACUCCGCUUGCAACAGGAGGAAAAUAAUUAUGCAGCACCUAAUUAGCAAGACCAUCGAAGGGUGAACCGGGAUCUUCUUGAAGGUCGGGCACUGCAGCAGGCUCUUGUUGACAGACUGUGGAGAAAUGCAUAAAUUAAAUUAGCAGGUAUGUAAUGUAAACCCACCUCAAUAUUCUAGUACAGUACGAAAAAGCUCUAAUUAUUAUUAAAAUGAUUUAACUCUUUGUUACAGAUCCACAGUAUUGCACAAAACAGAUUUAAAAUAAAUUCUCUUUUUGUAAA